AUGAGUGGCAGUAACCCUUACGCAAACGGAUACGGAUACUCCGAUACCAGCCGCUAUGACCGCGGUGAUGGUGGAUACGGCGGAAGCAGUAGCAGCCUUGGGAUGAACGGCUACGGAGGAGGCAGUGCGGAGAGAGAGCGUCGCCCAGGUGGAUACGGUGGCUUCUAUCCAGAGCCUUCAUCAUCUUCCUUGUCACCGGGGCAGUCACCCGAACGACGACGGGAAAGACGGGAAAGAGAUGGUGAUCACUCAUCGUCGCGAUCGCGCACAAGGGACGGAGAGGCUGAUAGGAGGGCACUCGGUUCUCGAGAUGGUCGCCCUCGCGGGGAUAAUAGCUGGUUAGGAAAUAAUAGCAGCGGCGAGAAUGUUCCCGGUCAUGCGGCAGGUCCCCAGGCCAUCGAAGACGUACUGCAAAUGGUUCAACGAGAAUGGGACUUUGUGGCCUCCGAAAAUUGUGUGCCUGUGCAAGUCGCUUUGCAGCUGAUGGAUACCAGUACCUUGGGAAAAGCCGAUCGCGAGCCGGAUUUUAUAAGAAUCAAUGAUAAAAUCCAGAGGACAUUGAAGUCCGUUGUCAAUGAACAUCACCAGGGCUUCAAUAGCUCCAUUGGCACUUAUCAUAAGAUCCAGUCAAGCAUACAGAGCUCACAAAGCCGAGUCCGCACAUUGAAGAUCUCGCUGGAAGAGGCAAAAUCUGGAUUGUUGUCGACUAAACCCGAAUUAAAGGGAUUAGCUACGUCGUCACAGAAAUAUGACGACAUCAUUCAAUUAUUCAGCCAGAUACAAGAGAUUCAAUCUCUGCCCGAAAGGCUAGAGUCACGAAUAUCGGACAAACGAUUCCUUGCGGCUGUGGAGGUAUUGCAUAACGCUUUGCGGCUGUUGCGGCGCUCUGAACUCGAAAAUAUUGGAGCUCUCGCAGAUAUUCGAGCCUACUUUGGAAACCAAGAAGCAUCUCUUACAGACAUUCUGAUCGAGGAGCUACACGAUCACCUCUACCUCAAAUCUCCCUACUGUUCAGGCCGCUGGAAACCACCAGCUGCUGAUGGUGAAAAUGGAGCCCAUCCAUCCAGCUGGACCGGGACAAGCUCAUGGGAGAGACCCGUUUAUGCAUUCCUUGGGAAGUUGGACGCAUCCACGCCUAUGGUUGAAGACGCUUCGCGAAACCCGGAGGCCGAUACAUUCUACUACAUACAAUUGCUGAUCGAAGCGCUGAACAAGAUGGGUCAUUUGGACAUCGCAGUUGAUAGGAUAGAGCAACGCCUGCCUGUUGAACUAUUUGCCGUUGUUGAUAAAACCAACGCCGAGAUCGAUGCAAGGUAUCCAAACAAUACCCGCGGCUUUGCCUCACAAGACAGCAAGUCAAGUUUGCCGACAGAUAUAAUCGAAAAACGUGGUCACGUGCUAUCGGAGUUUCUUUGGACCUUGUAUGCCAAAUUUGAGGCUAUUGCUGAAGGUCAUCGUGUUGUUCAUGAUGUUAUCGCGGCUAUAGUAGAACGCGAGGGUAUACCAAAGGGAAGUGCGCUCGCGGGUGGGUUCAAGGAACUCUGGAAGCUGUAUCAAAGUGAGAUCCGGUCCCUCAUGCAUGACUACUUGGCAACGGAUGGAGAAUCAUCAUUCCGGCCCCGGCACGAAGAGGCUGAAGCGAAACGACAACUUUAUACAGGGCAGAGAGAUAAGAACAAGAAAAUGUUCAAAUUGUCCGAAACGGACCAUACUACCGAAAUACAAGCCGAGCAAAAUGAGUUGGACGAGAUUCUCAGGUCUUCGGUUCCUGGCUUGGUCACCAAAUCAAGCCAGAAAGCCGCUGUCAUCGAUGCAUCCGACUCCAGACAAGGAAACUCGGGAACUGGGCAUAAGAUCCUCAUAGAGCCAAGCGUCUUCAACAUGAGCCUCCUUCUUCCUCCUUCGCUAUCAUUUAUUCAGCGACUGAAGGAGAUAGUACCCGUGGAUUCCGAUAUUGCCAUGAGUACAUUGACUUCUUUCCUAGAUGACUUCUUGGUCAACGUGUUCCUCCCUCAGCUAGAUGAAACCGUGACAGACCUCUGUACUCUUAGCUUUAUCUCGCCGGAUGCUUUCACAGAGGACCCUCACUGGUCUGGGGUCUCUCCCCGGCCGGUUUUCAGGGGUACGGUCAAAUUUAUGUCGAUUAUUCGAGAAUUCAGUAAAAUGCUAUCCAGCAUCCCACAUGAUCAAGCUUUCACACAGCUACUCCUCUCGCAAAUUGUGACUUACUACGACAAAUGUUGUGGAUGGUACAAAGCGAUCGUGACCAAAACAUCUCCCCGAGACAAUGGAGAAGUCCGACUCAAGGCUGCCGCGCGUCAUGCGGAAUCAGGCGACGUUCAUGACAUUAUCACGGAAUUAUGGAACGGAGUGACCGAGAACAAGCGGGAGCUCGUAGACAAGGAAACCGACAUCCUUAUCAAAUCGACGAAUGAGGUUCCAUUGGAGCCAUACGACAUCAUAUCUGACCCCAAGACAGUCGUAUCCUUGUCGCUUCUUUUCAACAGCAUGCAAUGGUUCGCAAGCCAUCUUGCUCAGUUACGUCAAAUCACACAACCAGCCUCCGACUCGCGACAGACUGAGUCCCGACCAGCCAAUCGCCGCUGGACUCUGAUUGGAGCCAUGAAACCGAAGUGCGAGGGCAUCAAUCAACCAGUUUAUCUUCCUUUGAACCAAGAGACAGCGACUGUGUUCGAUACUACUCUUCAGUCUCUCCGCGAUCUUGCAUGCACUGCUCUCUUCGCCCUGCAUGUCGACAUCCGUUGCGGCAUCAUCCAUAUGCUGAAGCGGACAAUGGAAGGCCCCAAGCCCCGGAACACACGAAGCUCGGAACCCGCUACGCCUUCCCCAAGCUCGCUCGCCAAUUGGUGGCACAUUCUCUCAAACCAACCAACUGCUGCGUCUCCUACAGUGCUUGAGCUGAACAAUGACUUGAUCGCGUUUGACACCAACAUCUCGUCUUACCUAGGACCACCUGAGCGAUGGUUCAUCACGUCUGGGCUUGCUCGAUUCAUCGACCGUACUUUCGUCGCGAACACCUGCCAUAUUGGGGCUAUGAACGAAAAUGGCGCACUCCGACUGCAGCUAGACGUGCUAGUGCUGCAACAGAAUCUGAAGAACAUCAUCAUAGACCCAACAGAUGAUGGACGGAAAGAUGACAUUCCUAACUCACAGCAGAAUAGUGAGCACACCGAGGUGGUUGCUUUGCCUCGUAGCGCUAAAUUCCUCGAUUGGUUCCUGGAAGGUGCGGAAAAAGCCUUAGACUACGCAAAGGAUGAGAAGGAAUCGUUCGCAACCCACGGAGACCAAGCGCUGGCCGCUGGUAAUGGCGAACCGUUCACGUACGACGAACUCAAGGUCCUCAUUGACCUUUGCUUCUCAGACAUUCUACUAGGCCCCCGAGGUGCAGAGAAUCGGGAAGAGUUCAUGGCAGCAAAGAAAGCCAGCGCCGAUGCGCUCUUGAGGUUAAACGAGGUAAUGUGGGAUUCCAAGUGA